CAGAAACUCUCUGUAAUUUAUGCAAAAAAAGUUUGAUUAUCAUUAAUAUUACUCCUUUUCUUUUAUACUAGCCAUAUAGUAUAGUACAAUUAAUCCUAUAGAUGAGAAGAAAUCUCUUCCUUUUCUUCUUUUCUCUGAAAUUUGUCAAUCACAACAUAUAUAUCUUGAUCUUCUUCUUUGUUCAUGCAAGAUCCAAAGAACUCUUCACAAGCAAGGAAGGCUUGGUACCAAAAGGCAAUGGAAAUGGCCUCUCUAUGGAAAACAUUUGCCAAGCCAAGUGAAGUUCCCACAACAAAUCCUACAUUAUGGAGAAGCAUUUCUAAGUCAUCAUCAAGAGAGAUUUCAACCACAAAUUCCAAUAGAUCACAAAAGCUAAGAAGAUGCACCUCUUUAAGGGUUGCAACUUCUUUCACUAGAGUGUGUCUAUGUGCACCAAUUUCUUCCUAUACUGAAGUAUUUCAAGUAGAUCAUCAUGUUGUUCCACCAAGAAAAAGUAAUAGUUAUUAUUCUAGAACAAAGCCAAUGAAUAUUUCACAAGAAAGAAUUCCAAGUGGAAGGAUGAGCGUGGAAGGGAGGAAAAUUUUUAGGGGAAAAUCUUUGACUGAUGAUGUGUUAAUGAAGAGAUUUGUGAUUGAAGAAGAAGCAAUGAUGCAAGUUAGGAGAAGGAAUCAAAUGGAAGUUAUUAGGAGAAGAAAUUCUUUGAGAAGAAGAAAAAAGCUUGGUCCAAGUCCAUUAAGUAGAAUGGUUUUGGCUGAGGAAGAUUAAUUGAACUAAUUUACUUUUGAGUAGUUUCUAUGUCCAUUUAAUAUUGCCAUACAUAGCCAUUUGAGUAUGUCUUAACUUCUUUCUUAAAUGGUGUUGUGUCAUGGCAUGUGUGAUCUCUUGAUGACACUUUUGGCCAUUUGAUUCUAUGAAAAUUUCACAAUUC